GAGCGUGUGCAUGGCGCGGGAGUCCUGCGCCUCCGAGGCUGUCUCUGCCGCUGCCGUGCUCUUCGCCUGGGGUGCAAACAGCUACGGCCAACUUGGCCUUGGACAUAAGGAAGAUGUGUUUCUGCCCCAGCAACUGAGUGACUUCUGUAAACCUGGGCAUAUCAAGAAUGUCACAGGAGGAGGAGGGCAUUCUGUAGUUGUCACAGAUGGAGGGGGUCUUUUUGUUUGUGGCCUGAAUAAAGAUGGGCAGUUGGGGCUUGGUCACACAGAGGAAGUUCUGUGUUUUACCAUCUGCAAGCCUCUCUUUGGUUGUCCCAUCCGACAGGUGGCCUGUGGCUGGGACUUCACCAUCAUGCUCACAGAAAAUGGUCAAGUUCUGUCAUGUGGAUCCAAUGCCUUUGGCCAGUUAGGUGUGCCACAUGGCCCUCUCAAAUGUCUGGUUCCCCAGGCCAUUGAGUGCCUGAGAGAGAAGGUUGUCUGUGUCGCUGCUGGACUGAGGCAUGCAUUAGCCACCACAGCAACUGGCAGUGUGUUCCAGUGGGGGACUGGCUUGGCAUCUUCUGGUCGACGCUUGUGUCCUGGGCAGAAUCUCCCAUUGUUUUUGACAGCAAAGGAACCCAGCAGAGUGACAGGCCUAGAGAAUUCUAUAGCAGUAUGUGCUGUUGCAGGAUCUGACCACUCGGCCUCAUUAACAGAUACAGGAGAGCUGUAUGUCUGGGGCCGUAACAAGCAUGGACAGCUGGCCUCCCUCGAUGCGUUCCUUCCUCUGCCCCAGAGAAUAGAAGCACAUUACUUUCAGGAUGAAAAGGUCACUGCUGUCUGGAGUGGCUGGACACACCUGGUUGCUAAGACAGAAACUGGCAAGGUGUUUACUUGGGGCCGAGCAGACUAUGGUCAGCUAGGGAGGAAGUUGGAGUCUUCUGAAGCUCAGAAACCUUUAGAGCAAGAUUCAUCGCUCACCUUCCAGAGGCUGCAGAACAGUGUGCCUUCACCUCUCCAUUGCCUGACAGGAGCAGCAGAGAUUUCUUGUGGCUCAGAGCACAACUUGGCAGUAAUUAAGGAAGUCACCAGGACUGAACAAUUAAAUGAUUCAAGGGCAUUAAAAGAUCAAGCAGUGGGACCAGUGAUUGAGUCACAACUCAAGAGGAAACUCAUUGGCACCUCCCUGCAGCACACUGAGCAGAAUUCUUAUGGAAUCUCAGGGGCUUGGAAGGGCCAGCACUCGGACCUAGGCAGAAGUAGCUUCCUGUGGGGACACAGCACUUGAAGAAAAAAUGGACCAUGGUUGACAGCCUUGGGUUUUUACUCAAAGUCUUUCAGUGUGUGAAGGCUCUGUGUUUGUGGUGGAAGCAAGGGGCUGUCAGUGGCCAAAUAGGGACAAGUUUGAGGGCCUGAAUGUAUGAAUCAAAGGUCUUCAUGUUCCCUGAGCAUUGCCCCAAGUGAGGUCCUAUACCUUAGAUAUGAGUCUGCUGCGGUCCUUGCCCUUGAGACAGAGUGGAGCAUCCCAAGAGACAAAUCCUUGCUUUACCUCUUGCUGUCUGUGUAUCCUUAAAUGUCCCAAGCUCCUGUUCCCUUGUUUGGAAAAUGCCAAUAUUCUUGAGAUUCCACAGGGAUUAAAAAAAAAAAGUG